AUGUUCCUGCAAAUUUUACUCUCGAUUUGCACUUUCGUUAUCGGUUUACAUCUAUACUUUCGAUAUAGGUACAGCGGUAGAUUAAUCAACAAAAUUAAUGGACCGAAGCAAACGUUCUUGUUUGGGAACCUUUUUGAUAUUUUUAUCAGUCCCGAAAUCCUGUUCCACAAGCAAAUAGAAUGGCGUCAAAAAUAUGGCCCUACUUGGAAACUGUCUGCUUUUAACUACAGGUCUGUGUAUAUUUACAAACCUGAGGACAUUGAGGUAGUUUUGUCAUCGACACGGUAUAUAGGAAAAAAUUUGCCGUACAACUUCUUAGUGCCAUGGCUCCAAGAAGGACUUCUAACGAGUCAAGGUGAAAAAUGGCAUCAGCGCCGCAAAAUGUUGACUCCAGCAUUUCACUUCCAGAUUUUGAAGAAGUUCUUUCCAACUUUCUGUGAACAUUCCAAAGAACUAGUAAACAAUUUAGAAAAGGAGUUGUACAAGGAAAAAACUGAUUUGUUCCCCAUUAUAAGCAAGGCUACACUUGGAUUAAUAUGUGAAACUUCAAUGGGUGCAUCUACAGGUGAAGAUAUAGAAUUUUUGAAAAACAAAUAUUUUAAGCCAUUGCACACAGUGGCUUGGACAAUGAUGUAUCGGAUCACAAGAAUUUGGCUGUUCACAGACACACUGUUCAAACUGACUAACGUUGCUAAAAUACAAAACGCUGCGUUGAAAUCUUUGAACAAAUUCACAACACAAAUUAUACAAGAUAGAAGAAAAUAUAGAAAGCAUAAUAAUAUAACUGGUUACUAUAUUCACAAUGAAGAUGAUGACGAUAAUAAUUAUGGGAAAAAAGGCAAACUAGCCAUGUUAGAUCUUUUGCUUGAUGAAGAAGCGAAAGGAAGAAUCGAUGAAGCAGGAAUCACUGAAGAAGUCGAUACGUUUAUGUUUGAAGGUCACGACACAACUGCAACAGUGCUCUGUUUCAUGAUCAUGAGACUGGCGAAUGAACCUGAAAUACAGGAUUCUAUAGCUGAAGAACUGAAGGGUAUAUAUGGCGACAGUCAACGACCUCCUACCCUUGAAGACUUGAGUCAGAUGAAGUACCUGGACUGUUGUAUAAAGGAGUCGCUCCGUCUCUACCCCAGCGUGCACUUUAUGUCCAGAUAUUUUACUGAGGAUGUGAAGUUAGGCGACGUCACAGUACCAUACGACACGAUGUGCCAUUUCAACGUGUUCGACAUACAUCGCAAUCCGGAUAUAUUCCCGGACCCGGAGAAGUUCAUACCGGAACGAUUUCUGCCCGAAAACUGUGUUUCGCGUCAUCCAUAUGCUUACAUACCAUUUAGUGCUGGUCCUAGAAACUGCAUAGGUCAAAAGUUUGCCCAGAUUGAACUCAAAGUAAUCAUGUCGAGUAUACUUCGAAGGUACAUAUUGGAACCUGUCACCAGAACAGAAGACCUGGUGUUCACUAUUGAUAUCAUUUUGAGAACCAAUCAUCCAAUCUAUGUACGUUUUCGUGAAAGAGAGCGUCAUGAUUAA